AUGCUCAAGCUCAUAGCACCGGUGCUAGCGCUCUACCUCUGGGCGUGCUCGGUCACCGCACCCGGACUCACGGCAUCCGAGGUCCGCCUCGAGGCCGCCGCCGCCAGCGACCUCCAGGCCCUCAACCUCACGGUGCGUAACCCCAUCGCCGUAAACAACCAAGUCAUUCAUGGCCGUUUCCUCCACAUCACCGACAUCCACCCAGAUGAGUUCUACCGGCCCGGAAGCAGCCCCGACAAGAUGUGCCACGGCGGCCACGGCGACGCCGGACGGUACGGUGAUGCCAUUUUGGGCUGUGAUUCUCCUCUCGAACUCAUGAACCAAACAUUUGAAUGGAUAAACACCCACCUUAAGGACAAAAUCGACUUCAUCGUGUGGACCGGCGACAACAUCCGCCACGACAACGACCGGAACUUCCCGCGGACAGAAAUGAACAUCUUUGAUAUGAACGAGCACGUCAGUGGGAGUUUGUACGAGCUUUUCAAGAAUCCUGACACUUCCAACCCCCGUAAUUUGGUGGUGGACCUCAUCCCAUCCUUGGGCAACAAUGACGUGUACCCGCACAACUUGUUUGCCCCCGGUCCCACGCUUCAGACCCGGGAGAUGUAUAAGAUCUGGUCGCAUUUCAUCCCCCAGAACCAGCUCCAUAUCUUCAACCGAGGAGCAUAUUUUUUCCGGGAGGUGGUACCAGGCCAAUUGGCGGUGGUGUCGAUCAACACCCUCUACCUCUUCCGGUCCAACCCCUUGGUGGACAAUUGUGACCGCCGUAAGGACCCAGGAUAUAAAUUAUUCGAGUGGUUGGGAGUGGUGUUGAAGGAGAUGCGAGCCCGUGGCAUGAAGGUGUGGUUGACGGGUCAUGUGCCACCCAAUGAGAAGAACUAUGACAUCAGCUGCUUGCGCAAGUACAUCAUCUGGAGCUAUGAGUAUCGUGAUGUGAUUAUUGGUGGUUUGUACGGGCAUAUGAACAUCGACCACUUUAUUCCCUUGGACUCGCGGGCCGCGUACCGGUCGUUGGCGGGGCUGGGCAAGGUUUCUGUCGCCGACUGGGACGGCGACGAGAGCGACGACGACGACGACGACGUGGAUUUGGUACAGCAGCCCCCGAUGCGUAUCGCCGGCGGCACUCCGCUCAACAAGGUGCGGUACAUGGACUCGGUCCGCAGCGACGUCUACGGGAAAAUCGCCAAGCGCCGCAAGAGUGGGCCCCACGGUGACCGCUACACGGUGGCACACGUGACGGCGUCGGUGAUCCCGACCUUUAACCCUGGUUUACGGGUGUGGGAGUAUAACACCACCGGCUUGGCAUCGAUGUUGAAUAACCAGCCGGCCUCCGCCAACUGGGACCAGUUCUUCGCGGGCGUGGACCGGCACAUGGCAUACCUUGACACCGUGGACGACGUGGACCACACCCGCGGGGUGUCCAUGUUUGACUACUUUUCCAGCAGAAAAGAUAACACGCUUCCACCCAAAAAGCCUGCCGACAUCCCCGUAGGCCCGGCCUACACGCCACAGACGUUCACGCCGUUGCGGUACACGCAAUACUACGUGGACCUAGCUAGCGUCAACGCCGGCAAAAAGCCUUUUGGCUAUGAGCAUGAAUAUAGCACAGACGACCGCACUUACCAUAUGGAAAGUCUCUUGGUGGAAAAUUGGCUCCUGUUGGGCCGCAGUCUCGCGGCACCCGUCAAGAAUCCUGUCAAGGCAGGAGACGAUCCGGCUCUUGCCCAGUUGUGGGACACGUUCUUGGCCCAUAGUUUUGUCGACUCGGACUAUGAGAAUUUAGGUUACGGCUAG